UCAUCGUGUAUUUUCAUAAAUGUGUCAAACUCAAAUUCCAAAACGCGGACGCCCGUUUGCCAAAUAAAUACGCGGUUUAGUUAUCAUAUUAAUACAAAAUCGAGUAAAACUCUGUUUUCGGAAAGUGUAAUUGACUAGACUUUCAUAAUGUCUGGUUUUAGUUUCGGAGCUCCGACGACGAGCGCACCAUCGUUCUCGUUCGCCUCUUCCAUAACAGCAGUCCCAUCCGCAGGCACUUCUGCUGCAGCUGUUGCCAGUCCGGCAACGGGAUUCUCGUUUGGGGCGACUCCGACGGCAACUGUCACGGCAUUGCCAACAGCCGCAGCGCCAGCAUUCGGUGCGUUGGCAAAACCGUCGUCAACCAUAGCUCCUUUGGCGGCACCGGCAAUCGGCACAGCAGCUCCGGCAUUCAAUUUCAGUGGGGGAACCUCGACGACACCAGCAACAACGACCACCACGUCUACGGGAUUUGCACUACAGGGAGCUAGUGCACCCACAGCAGCGGUGGCGGCAGUCCCUGCUUUGGGAACUGGUUUGAGUUUGAACACGACACAAACAUUGUCUCUUGGUGGCGGAUUUGGUACAACCUUUGAAGCUCCCAAGCCAGCAGUGGCUACAACCUUAACGCCCUCUGUAGCUACGUCCAGCACCGGAGGUGGACUCACAAAACCUAUUGGAUUAGGAGGAGUUGACAUUAAUGCGACCGCACCUAAAUCCGUCGAAGGAAAACAGGAUAGCACCAAGGCAAAGGAAUUUCAGGUUCCGCAGGAAAUUGUCAACACCGUAGAACAGCUGAAAGAAUACAUAAAAAAGCAGAAAUCAUUCAGUUCGGACAUUGCGCGGACAUCCUCUCGCAAGUUGUACAAUGUUUCCUCGGAAAUCAGUCGAUUGAAUUGGAGCCUGAUCGACAUAUCCAACAGCGUGACGAAUAAUCAGUCGGCCAUCAAGAUGCUGCGGGCCGAAACGGGCAACAUUAUCCAGCAAGCCGACAUGGCACAGAGGACCCACGACACACCGGCGGGACUGCAGUUCGAGAACACGAUGCCGCUACAGUACUUUAUCGAGCUGAUCCAGAAGUAUGAGACUGAUCUUCUCAAUCUCAAACAGCAGGUCGAACUGACGGAGAAGCACAUGCAGUCGUUGACCGUACCACAACACUUCACCGCCACAGACCUCAAGCGAGGUCUCCAGCAAAUUCACGAGAGCUUCAUCGCCCUUGCGGGUCGGUUACACGAAACCCAUCAGAAAGUCGAAUCCCAGAAGGAACGAUACAUGAACCUUCGGCGCUAUCUGCUGCGUGACAACACGGACGUGUUCGAUGGUCAAUCAUCCGGGCAGUCUGCCAGUCAGGUUCGAUUCUCCAGCGCGAUUUCCACCGGACCGACUCCAUUUUCGCCGCUCAUGGGCCCCGUCAAUCCCGGACUUGUCCCGAAAACAACCCAGGACUCGACAUUGUGGCCUCGUGGUUCCGGUUUCGGAUCGGCUUCCGGUUCGAUGAUGGGAAUUGCCGGCCCCAGCGGUAUGACAACAGGAGCAUUCGGUUCGACCAUGGGUAACAUGGGAACAGCUAAUACCAGUAGUCUCGGAAAGACCUUCGGCGACGGAAGUGGGGCUCCCGCGACGACGGCCACAUUCGGAUCGGGUGGAUUCAAUCUGCAGACGCCGCCUCUGGGGAGCAAGCGAAAUAAACACUAGAAUAAUGAGAAAAAAAAUCUUUGCUAAUUGUGUGUUUAGUUAUUUAUGUAUGAUUCGUUAAACUCGAAAAUAUAAGUGACAAACGGAAUGUAAGGAGUUUAAA